AUGGUAAUUAUUACUUUCGUUCCAAGCUCUGAUAACAAUUCUGAAACUAGUUUUCUGCUUUUGAUUGCGAUUCAAAGAUACGUAAUAAUUGCCAAUAUUCAAACUUUUGUCAAAAUUGUACAGGGAAAGUGGUUGACUCGUUUACUAGUCUCACACUAUUCUUUAAUUGUUGUUGGAAGGCUAUUGACAAGUAUGUACACGUGUCCCGCAGAAUUUUGUGUGCUUCACGCAGCUAUUUUCAAUGAAACAUCUUGUCGUUACAAAGAACGAAAUUUUACGAAUACAUAUGUUUAUAUCAAAUUGUUACCCGAACCCAUAGUUUUAACAAUAUCCAUAACUUUAUUUAUCCUAACUCUCAUCAAUGUUCACAAAAACAGUCAUAUUUUAUCGGAAACGCGUAAAAGAGCUGAGCUCUCAAUCAUUUAUCAAAAUUCUCCGUUGGUUAUUUUGUUUCUUUUAAAGUAUGUGGGAUCUUUUGUGAUUUAUAUGAUUCACAAAGAGAAUGAUUAUGAUAGUGAGAAUCUCAGAAGAAUCAUCUGCAGUGAAUUGGAUAGUGUUGAAAGUAUUUUUCCGAUUACUUAUACAAUCGCAAAUAUUCAAAAGUUUCGAGAUAUGAUAAGUUGUUGCAAAAGAAGUCAUCGGAUUAGCGAUAGAUCUAUGCAGUUUGUAAGCACUACACACAAUCAAAUUGCAGCUCUGACAACUUGA